AUGAAGGAUCUUCAUUCAACACCUUUCCCUUCCCGUCACACCAGUCAAUGCGACUCCUGCGUUUUCCAGCAGCAUUCGCUACGCAGUCCAGACUUUAGUCAAGCUUUGGUUGGUGGUCAGAAAGGCUACCAGACCUACCGGGACCUACCAUGGGAUCUGCAAAAAAUUCAUCAGCCAGCCAUCAAAAUAAGACAGCUUGAGCCCUGGAAAAUUGCUCUAAUUGUUAUUGGAACAGCAGUGGCAGCAGCUAUCACCAUUGGUCUCCUAGUUUAUUUUCUGGCUUAUGAUCAGAAGCUGUUCUAUUACAGUGCCAACGUAAAAAUCACCAACAUCCGGUACAAUAACGAAUUGUCCAGACAGUCCUCAGGAAGGUUUAGAGACUUGAGCGAGAGGGUUGAGAGACUGAUCGACAAGACAUUUAACAAUUCCAUUUUAAGGAAAAAAUACAUCCGUUCACGCUUAAUCAGAGUGAGCCCAGAUGCUGAUGGUGUGAUGGCAGAGGCUUUGCUCACAUUCUGGUUCUCCUCCACGGAUUCUAGAGAAACAUUGCGAGAAAGAGUUGAAAGGAUCUUACGGAGGGGCCUGAAAAAAUACACAGGGCCCCUGCGAAUAAAUGUCAGAUCUUCUACCAUCUCAAAUAUGGAGAUGAAAAGAGCAGAAGCCCUCUUCAAUGACAUCUGUGGGUUACGUCAGAAUAGAUCAGUCAAGUCAAUGGCAAAAUCAUCGUCGUUGCGAAUAGUUGGCGGAUUGUCUUCUGCAGAGACGGGGGACUGGCCGUGGCAAGCCAGUUUGCAGUACAAUAAUAUCCAUCGCUGCGGUGCAACACUUAUCAGCAAUACAUGGCUUGUAUCUGCAGCUCACUGCUUCAGAGACUUGAGUCACCCUCAGAAGUGGACUGCGACUUUUGGAGCUGUUUUGAAGCCACCAAGCUUGAAAAGAUCAGUCAAGACUAUUAUUAUUCAUGAAAAGUACCUCUACCCAGAACAUGAUUAUGACAUUGCACUGGUGCAGCUCUCUAAAGGAGUUGAGUUUACGAGUAGCAUACACCGUGUUUGUCUGCCUGAGCCAUCUGAGACUUUUCCGUACAAUAUUUAUGCUGUCAUCACAGGCUGGGGAGCACUUACCAAUGACGGUCCAACUCCAAACGUUCUUCAGGAAGCAACAGUGAAACUUAUAGACUCAAACACUUGCAACAGAAAAGAAGUGUACGAUGGGGACAUAACACCCAGGAUGCUGUGUGCUGGAUACUUGGAAGGAGGAGUAGAUGCUUGCCAGGGGGACUCUGGGGGACCACUGGUUACUCCAGACUCUAGACUGAUGUGGUACCUCGUGGGAAUAGUAAGCUGGGGAGACGAAUGUGCCAAACCAAAUAAACCUGGAGUUUACACACGAGUGACUUAUUUCCGUGACUGGAUUACCUCAAAAACUGGCAUCUAA